ACCUUUUACUUGGCAAGAAUUCCUGACCCCUGCAGUUCACUCAAUUUAGUUCUGCCCCUCCAAAAAGUUACGGACAGUGCCCCUCCAUAAUUGAAUUGAGUCACCUAAAUCACGACGGCGCAAUCGAUCUCAAUAACCCUUAACUUUCCUUUGAUUGUUGUAUAUGAGUAUAUGGAUAUCAAGGCCAUUAUAUAUCCUAUACGCUUUUAAACAAGGGAAAAUCUAAAACGUCUUUGAAAUAUUCACGACACUUUCAAUCAACUAAUUUACUACUGCCAAACAUGGCCUCAGAACCUGAGGCCCCGAACGCAGUUGCGCCUGUCGCGGACCCAGCUUCUGCGCCGACGAAGCAAAGUGUCGAUCCCUGGAACGUUUCCGGUGAGGUUGGUGAGGAUGGAAAGCUCAAGGCUAUCGACUAUAAAAAGCUUGUGGAGGAGUUUGGCACCAAGCUCAUCGACAAUGAGAUCCUGGAAAGAUUUGAGCGCGUUACCGGUCACAAGCCGCACCGAUUCUUGCGCCGACAGAUCGUCUUCAGCGAGCGAGAUCUUGGUCUAAUAUUAGAUCGAUAUGAGAAAGGCGAGCCUUUCUUCUUAUAUACCGGUCGUGGCCCCAGUAGCGACAGUAUGCACAUUGGACAUACCCAAAUCUUCGACUUUUGCAAAUGGUUGCAAGAUGUCUUCGAUGUACCUCUAGUCAUCAUGCUCACAGAUGAUGAAAAGUUUCUUUUCUCAGACAAGAGAACUGUCGAGGAAGUCAUAGGCUAUUCACGAACCAAUUGCCAGGAUAUAAUCGCCAUUGGAUUUGACCCUAACAAGACAUUUAUCUUCUCUGACUACGAAUUCAUGGGUGGAGCUUUCUACAAAAACGUCACACGAUUUGCGAAGCUCGUUACUUACAACACAGCAAAGGCUACCUUCGGGUUCGAUGAUAGCUCGAAUAUUGGCAAGAUUCACUUCACCAGCAUACAGGGUGCUACAGCAUUCGCAACCACCUUCCCACACAUCUUUGGUGAAGAUGAAAAGCGCACAGCUGCUAUUCCAUGUUUAAUUCCCUGUGCCAUCGACCAAGAUCCCUACUUCCGGCUGACUCGGGAUUGUGCUGCUAAGCUCCGAUACGCCAAACCCUCUUUGAUUCAUUCCCGCUUCCUCGACGCGCUACAAGGCCCUGGCUCCAAGAUGUCUGCAAGCAUUGAUUCGUCUGCUAUUUUCAUGAAGGAUACCCCUAAGCAGAUUAAAGACAAGGUCAACAAAUACGCCUUUUCUGGUGGCCAGGUCAGCGCAGAAGAGCAACGGGCGAAGGGUGGAAACCCUGAUGUGGAUGUCUCAUACCAGUAUCUCCAGUUCUUCAUGGAGGACGACGAGGAAUUGGCAAAAAUUGGCCAGGAUUACAGAGAAGGCAAGCUACUGACUGGAGAGCUUAAAGCGAUAUGCAUCAAGCACCUCCAGGAAUACGUUGCCGCAUUCCAAGAACGAAGAGCCAAGGCGACUGAAGAGACGGUCAAGUUGUUCAUGUCAACGCGACCACUGAAAUGGGGAGGAAACCCUAAGGUUCAAAGAACCGUCCCUGUGGUAGAAAAUGCAUCAGCAAACCCCGAAGGCGAGGGCGGAGAUGGCAAGCUCACGAAGAAUCAGCUUAAGAAGUUAGAAAAGGAGAAACAAAUAGCUGCGAAGAAGGCUGCUAAAGCCGCAGAGAAGGAAGCUGCUGAAGCUGCUAAGGCAGCCCCUUGAUUUGAUUCCUAAGGAGAAAUAAAAUUUGAUGAGUUACCUAAAUGUAAUGUCAUCGUCCCUUACCCUUCCGUGAGAUGUCGAGCAAAACUUCUUGCCUUUCAAUCCCCAAAUAAUAUACCGUUACUUUAA